AUGUCUCAACCACAACUACCUGAAGGCUACACCAUCAGAAGAAUGGAAGCUGCUGACUAUGACAAGGGCGUUUUAGAUACUCUAGCCACUUUAACUACUGUCGGUGAAAUAUCAAAAAAUGACUUCAUCGAGCAAAUCAACUAUUGGAACCAAAAUAAAGCAAUUUAUAACCCAACCGUUAUAAUCAUCGAAGAAACUCAAGAAAUCGUCGGAACUGGCAUGGUCUUUAUCGAAAAAAAAUUAAUUCAUAAUUGUGGAAAAAUCGGUCAUAUUGAAGACAUCUCCAUUAAAAAAUCACAACAAGGUAAAAAACUAGGUCUUUUCUUAAUCAACUAUUUGACUGAUAUUGCUCAAAAAAAUAACUGCUAUAAAGUUAUCUUGGAUUGUUCUCAAGAAAAUAUAAAAUUUUAUGAAAAAUGUGGUUAUAAUAAAGACUGUUUCUCAAUGGCUUAUCGUUUCAAAUUAUAA